UAUGGGAGGUCUCUUCAGCUGCUGCUCUGGUUCUGCAGCGAUCAUUUGGGAAUCAGGUACAAUAAAUUUCUCUUACAUAAUGGGUUUGUAAGCAACAUCCUGUCCCCAAAACAUUCUGACCUUUGGAGAAAGCUCACUGCACAAGAUUCAGUUCCAAAGAAGAGGUGAACUAUUCUCUUGAGGAGCUCAUCCCAGGGAGGAGAAUGAUAAAGAAGGUCUUGAUUGGGAUUCUGUGUAGCGCUGCUGUGCUGACCUUAGGUAUCCUUAUUGGCCACUUUGGCAUCACCAAAAGCAGCGGCUCUGCACCAUCCUGGGUGAGGGAUGUGGCAAAGGAUGUGGACGAGAGUCUUGUUGAGAAGUUCCUGUCUGAGGUGGACAACAUCCAGAUUCAAGAAAACUUACGGGAGUUGACAAAAGUGCCUCAUAUGGCCACCACAGCUGGAGAUGAGCAGACUGUUAAGUUUAUGUUAAAGAGAUGGCAGGACCCUGAAAGUGGUCUGGACCAGGCCUGGAGAGAGGAGUAUAUGGUCUACCUGUCCUUUCCUGACCCUAAGAACCCCAAUAGUGUCACUGUAGUGACCCCAUCUGAUGCUGUGCUGCACACUGUCAGAGAAAAAGAGAAGCCUUAUACUGCAGACCAAGAAGAUCCUGAGGUGGUUCAGCCAUACGCUGCAUACUCUCCUGCAGGACACCCAAAGGGGAAACUGGUUUAUGCCAACCAGGGAAAACCAAGUGACUAUGAGCUGUUGAACCGGACAAUUGACCUUAAUGGCACCAUUGCUAUCACCAGAUAUGGUGGAGCAGGAAGAGCAGCUAAAGCCAUCAAUGCAGCACCCUAUGGCAUCAUCGGUGUGCUCGUCUACACAGACCCUUUGGACAUCAACGAUGGUCUCAUGUCAGAUAUCAAUGAGACUUAUCCUCACUCCUGGUAUUUGCCGCCCUCUGGUGUAGAGAGAGGAUCCUUUAAGAAUCACUAUGGAGACAUGCUCACGCCUUACCUGGCUGCCAAAGAGGAAACCUACAGAAUUCCAGCCAAGAACGUUACAGGAAUCCCUCCUAUUCCAAUUCAGCCAAUUGGAUUUGAGGAUGCCUACAUAUUAAUCUGUGAGCUGGGUGGAGAAGCUGCUCCAUCUGAAUGGCAGGGAUCAUUCAGCUGCACCUACAACUUUGGCGGUCCAGGGUUCAAACAUACAUCCACAUUCAACAACAGUGAUGUGAAACUGGACAUUUUCAACUAUGAAGAGGUGAGGAGCUCCGCUAAUGUGAUGGGCGUUAUCAGAGGGAGUGUGGAGCCAGACAGGUAUGUAAUCUACGGGAACCACAGAGACAGUUGGGUUCAUGGUGCCAUCGACCCAAGCAGCGGGACGUCAGUCAUGCUGGAAUUGUCCAGGGUGCUGGGCAAGAUGGUCAAGCAGGGCAAAUGGAGGCCUCGUAGGUCCAUUAUCUUUGGAAGCUGGGGGGCGGAGGAGUUCGGCCUUAUUGGGUCUGCAGAAUACACAGAGCAAUACUUCACCAAACUCAGUGAACGCACCGUUGCUUACAUCAAUGUGGAUAUAGCUGUUUUUGCCAAUGCCACCCUCAGAGCCUCAGGGAUGCCAUCAGUACAGAAUGUCAUCUUCACAGCUGCAAAACAAGUCGAUGCACCUGGACUGGACUCCAUGUCUGUCUACGACAACUGGAUACAAUAUGCCAACAAGACAAGUCCAGCCCAUGGAACCAUUCCUAGGGUGGGGUAUCUGUCAGGUGCAGGGAGUGAUUAUGCUGCCUUUGUCCAUUACCUGGGAAUCACUUCGAUGGACAUUUCCUACACAUAUGACAGGAGUAAAACAAAUGCUCGCAUUUACCCUGCAUACCACACAGCAUACGACACCUUUGACUAUGCCUCAAAGUUCAUUGAUCCUGGGUUCACGAGUCACCAAGCCACUGGCAGGACAGCAGGAAACAUCUUGAUCCGAUUGGCUGACAGCUUGGUGUUGCCAUUAAAUUGUAGUGACUAUGCUGAGAGUCUGGAAGAAUACCUCAAAACAGCAAUUGACCUGUAUCAACAUCAACUAAAAGCUAGGAAUAUAUCCAUGGAGCCAUUAAAACAUGCAGUGGCCAGCUUUCGCCAGGCAGCUAGUCAUUUGGACGAGGUGAUUCAUAGUUCAGACCUGGCAAAUGAAACUCCGCUGAAGGUCAGAAUGAUCAACGACCAGCUCAUGCUGCUGGACCGGGCUUUCUUGAACCCUCUGGCCUUCCCAGAUAAAUACGGAUACAGGCAUGUUAUCUGGGCCUCAAGUAGUGCUGGCCAGCCAACCUUCCCAGGUUUGGCUGAUGCCUAUGACAAAGCUGAGUCAUCAGGUCAGUCAAAUGAUUGGGACAAAGUACACUACCACCUGUCAGUCCUGAGCCAGGCCAUUGACGGUGCUGCCCACAUGCUGCUCGAUGUCAUAUAGGCGAGGAGGAGAAACUGCACUCACUCAGGGAUUUUUUUGUUAAGAAGACAGGGACCUGCAGCCAAUGAGCACCAAUCAUCUGGGUGAUGAUGUGACUUUAUGGAUGAUAUUAAGUGAGGUGAUUCAGUGUGUAUGUGUAUUUUUCAUGAACUAUAAGACAAGAUGAACUAUUUUGUUGCAAUUUGUUGCUGUCAUAGUUGUGGUUAUUUUUAACUGUUAACGUUUACUUUCAGUUGCAUAGGUUUAAAGCAUAAUUUUUGGCAACACACAUUUUUCUCUACUUUGUCUUUCUGCACAAGAUUCAUUAAAGCAAUAACAGAGAAAGAGCCAUGGGCAAAUGCAA